GAAACACUGCCAAUCCAACUGAAACGCGAGGAUCUUGCGUGGGAUCUUGCCAUGGGCCGCACAGGAUACACGUGCAUCAGGCACGUUUUUUGCUCCCUCAACGUUCUCAUUUGGUUAUGCGCUUGCGGAAUUUUGGGUGCAGGCCUCUGGCUACGAUUGGCUUACUCCGGAUACACGACCUUGGUGCCGCACUACAGUUUCGCGUCAGCUGACUCGUUGCUGCUGGCCGCCGGAUGCGUGACCUUCGUCAUCGCCUUCUUCGGCUGCUGCGGUGCAUGGUUUCAAUCGAGAUGCAUGUUGAUCACGUACUUUUUCUUGGUGAUACUAAUGUUCCUCGGUGAGUUCAUGCUGGGCACGCUGGCCUUCAUCUUUAGGGAACAUUUAGCCAAGAGCCUGAAGGACGAGCUUCUGUUCGGCAUUGAGAAACAUUACAACGUGACUAGGGAACCUGGAACGCUUCCUGCUAUAUGGGACCACAUACACACAGAGGUGAGAACAGCUUCAGUCUUCGAGUUAGACUCUAGUCUUUCAGUUUUCAAAUCAAAGUUCCAUUGCUGCGGCGUGCGAGAUUACACCGACUGGUUUCGAAUCAACGCGUGGCCGACGGAGGACCGCGUGCCGGACUCCUGCUGCAUACAGAGGGAACGAUACUGCGGCCGUCUCGACCUUGAGGAACGGAACAAGGAGCUUUGGUACCAGGAAGGCUGCGCCACGGCCAUUCAAAUGUGGCUGGUCACCAGGCUUCACGUGGUGGGCACCGUUGGCCUGGUCGUCGCAUUCCUCCAGCUGUUCGGACAGGUGGCCAGCAUGAUCUUGUUCUGCACCGUCAGGCACAAGAGGUCAUCCCACACGUACAAGAGCUACGACACUACGAACACCUAG